AAUUUGUUCGCAGUAUCCAUACACCUAUCAUCGUCGGUGUUUCAUCCUCAGAGCCACAGUAGUUUUGAAAUAAAGCAACACUAGACCAAACAAUGGGGAAGGAUGACGCGGAAACGGUAGCUUUGAAAAAAGAGCUGGAAGAUUUAAUCAACAAAUGCAAGGAAGAUCAAAAGAAACAACAAGAUACAACUUUGGAAGAAGCAUGUAGUAGUGUACCGGAUGCACCGAAAGUUAAAUUAUCUACAAAAAAGUUACUAAAGGGACAUAUCAACAAAGUGAAUUCGGUACAUUAUAGCGGUGAUAGUAGGCAUUGCGUGACUGGUUCACUAGACGGAAAAUUGAUCAUUUGGGACUCGUGGACUGGAAAUAAAGUUCAGGUAAUUCCAUUACGUUCAGCAUGGGUCAUGUCGGUAGCUUUUGCACCCUCGGGAAACUUCGUUGCUUGCGGUGGUAUGGACAAUAUGUGCACUAUCUAUGAUGUAAACAAUCGUGACGCCACAGGAUCGGCUAAAAUCGUUCGAGAAUUACUAGGAUACGAAGGUUUCCUCUCAUCCUGCAGAUUCUUGGAGGACAAAAAGAUUAUCACUGGAUCUGGUGACAUGAAAAUUUGUAUAUGGGAUUUGGAAGCAAACAAGAAAACUACCGACUUUUGCGCGCAUGCUGGAGAUGUGGUUAGUAUUAGUUUAUCUCCAGACGUAAAUACGUAUAUUACCGGAUCGGUGGACAGAACAUGUAAACUAUGGGAUAUAAGAGAGCAGACUGCAAAGCAAACUUUCUUUGGACACGGAUCUGACGUAAACUCAGUUUGUUAUCAUCCUUCGGGACAAGCUUUUGUAACGGCAUCAGAAGAUAAAACGGCAAGACUGUGGGACUUAAGAUCAGAUCAGCAGUUAGCUACAUUUAAGCCUCCCAAUUCAAACCCCGGAUUCACAAGUUGCGGUUUAUCUUUUAGCGGAAGAUUCAUAUUCUGUGGAAGCGAUGACAACUCCAUUCACAUAUGGGAUACAUUGAAGAAUCAACAUAAUGGUGUUUUAACUGGUCAUGAAAACCGGGUAACAUCGCUCAGCGUUUCUGGAAAUGGUAUGGCUGUUGCUAGUUGCUCCUGGGACCAAAAUGUUCGAAUUUGGGUGUAGAACUUAAAAAAAGAGUAUUACUGUCCAAUAAUAUUGAAGAAAAAUGGAGCAAAAAUAAAAGAGAAAGGGCUUAUUUUUUGUUGAAAUGUUCUCCGCUCAUAUUUUACGACUGUCAUCAAAAUGUUGAUACACGAAAAAGUAGGUCUACGCUUUUACAGAAAGAUUGCAGAACUACUCUAUAUUAUACGCAUUAAAUUAAAUGCUUACUUAAAUGAUGUACCAUAAAAAUAUAUAUAUCAUUUUAAGUAUAAAUAUCCGUAAUAUACAUCGGAAAUUAUUGAAGCUUAAAAAAUUCGUAAUAAUUUUAUUCUUUCCCAAUUAGAAAGUAAUUAUAAAGUAAGUAAGCAAUUAAUAUUAGGAGAAAAGAAUAAAAUAAUGGUAACAAAUUGAAUGAACUGUUUGUGAAAGAUAGACACAUUCGUCGUUUUCUUGCCACUUAUAUUAUUUGUAUGCAUUUAUAAAUAGUGCACAUGAUAUCCACAAAGAAAAAUUACAAUUCUAAACAGCGUA